AUGGAGAGGAGAACCACCGCGCCGCGUCUCCUCCGCGUCCUCCUCGCGGGGCUCCUACUGCUUCUGGCGGGAACGGCGGCGCGAGCCAACAGAGCAGCCGCGGCGGCGGCGCAGUUGCCCGACGAAGAGCGGGACAAAGCGAGCGACGCCGAGACGCCGUGCGAGCUGAAAACCGUCACCGUGUCGACGCUGCCCGUGCUCCGCGAGAACGAGUUCAGCUUCACCGGCGGAGCCGCUGGCAGCGCGAUGGGAGGCGGUGGCGCCACCGGAGCAGGUGCUGCCGGUGCAGGAGGAGGAGGAGCGGGGACAGGAGGAGGGGGAGAAUCCCGACUCCUCUUAUUCAUUAGAACAGACCUACCGGGGCGAAUCUCCGUCAUGGAUGAUCUUGACAACACAGCUCUCCCUUACUUCACUCUGGAGAUGUCUGGUACGGGAGAAGAUAUUUCUCAGGUGCAGUGGAAGCAGCAGUGGUUGGAAAACGGGACACUCUACUUCCAUGUGUCCAUGACUGAGUCUGAGCUUCAAUCCCAGACAACACAGCCCACGUCGCGGGAGCCUGCACAUGCUCUUCAUGAACACAUGCAUCUACUGCACAUCUCAGUUAUGGGAGGCCUCAUCGCCUUCCUCCUGCUAAUUCUCCUCUUCACCCUCAUCCUGUACACCCGCCACCGUUGGUGCAAGCGCCGGCGUAUUCCACAGAAGAGCGCCAGCACCGAGGCCACCCAUGAGAUCCACUACAUUCCCUCAGUUCUGCUCGGACCUCAGGGACGCGACAGCUACCGGGGCUCCCGAAACGCACACCAGCACAGCAGUUCUGUCAUCGGCAUGCCCAUACGCGAAACCCCCAUUCUCGACGAUUACGAUUGCGAUGACGAAGAUCCUGGUGGACCCUCGUUGAACUCUACACCCAACCAGCUCCACACCAAGCUGCAUGACGGCAAAAUCCAUGAUGACUAUGGCGUUAACAUUGGCAUUGGAAGCCAUGCAGACAUCUUGUGCACGGAUGACGACAUUAAGCAUAAUUUUGACAAACGAGCCAUUGACCCAAGCACGGAGUCAGUGGAGGAUUUGAUGCAGAGAUUCCAGGAGAGUUUUCGAGUUCCCAACACCCCAACAGACAUGUCUCACUUCCAGCAUGUCAUACACAGCUCAUCAACAAGUCGGCGGAGAGGCCCCAGCCAUACCAGAGCAACCGGAGGUGUAUUCGGCCCUCAAGGAGAGUCAGGAUCAGAAGCCGAAGAUGAAAAUCAAAUGAAGUUUUACACUGAGCAGAAUAGAGGCCGAAGGCGAAGCAAAGGUCACCCACACAGUCCUCUGAAUAAGGUCACCCUGACGCUUAUCACCAUCAGCACAUGUGUCAUUGCCAUUGUCUAUGCCACGCAGGAUUCCUGCCCCCUCUCUGUCAAGGUUACUCUCCAUGUGCCAGAGCACUUUGUCGCAGACGGAAGUAGUUUUGUGGUGAGCAUGGGCAGCUUCCUGGAUGUUUCAAAUUGGCUAAACCCAGCCAAGCUAACCCUGUACUAUCAAACCAACUCAUCCACACAGUGGGUCCAAGACUACUGUGGCCAGAGGACCACUGAGCCCUGUGAACAGAAUUGUGACCAGGACACAGGUUAG